GUUGAGAGUUGUCUAGCAAGAGUAAAUUCAAUUUAAGCUGUCAGACAAAAAUACACACACAAUUUUUGAAUGUUCAUUUUCAAUUUGUCAAAUUUGCAAUUGAAUAUUUACUCGAUACUAGAUACACGAUGCACGAAAGCCAAUCUAGCCCCAAGGCAGCAGCAAGCAGGCAAAUAAAGUUUCAGUUUCAGCAUAGUCAAAAGACUGUAUGACAUUCAAAAGUGCAUUCACAUUGAAAUCAAAUCUGUUUGUAAUAACAAUAAUCAAAAGCAAUAAAAACACUAAAAGCGAACGCAGUCGCAAGACAAACACGAUGAUUAAGUUGCCGCUCGAGAUGAUGAUGACGUUGUUGUUGAUACCAUAUACAAAAUACAAAAUUGCAUUUAUAAGCAAUCAUGUCAACGCCCAAAAGAAAUAUGAAAAGACGUUGUGUUGAGCGCUGUCGCCUGUCAACCAGACGCCGCAAGUCAAGUGGCAAGUGGCAUGAGAGGCAUGGGGCAUGGGGCAUGCAGCACAGACAUGCAUGAAAAGGGAGGCAAAGAACAUUUUCGCCAAGCGCCUCCAGAAAUUUCACUUCACACCUACGUCGUAGCUAAGGAGCAGUCAGAAGGAGGAGGACAUCAAAUAGAAACGGAAAGCUAUGCCAUAAUUGCCAACAAGAGAUUUAGAGCAGUCAGCAACGCAUAUAGUAAACGUAGAAAAAGGUAUUUAUUUGAUGGCUUUGGCAUCUGCUGCUGCUCCUCCUGCUGCCAACGAUGGGCGACUACUCGUAAUUUAUUGAUUCGUUUGUCCUUGGGUAUUUACGUUUUCGGAACAGCUGGGGAAACUGCGCUGCCAGGGACAACAAGUUGAUUUCUUUCCCCUGUCUAUUAACAGUCAACUCAAUGGGCUCGA